AAAUUAAUUUUUGAAUGUAUGCUGUAGAAGUGGUGAUAUAUACUUACCAUGUUGACAAUUUAAUCAACCAUCAAUGGAUGAUCAUUAUUUAAUUGAUUAGAAUUAUAAAUAUAUCAUGAUAUCUUGUAGAGUGUGAAAAAGACUGUAAAAUCAUUUGAUGAGACCACAAACCAAAAAAAAAAAUAAAUUUUUGAAAAAGAUCAAAUCAUUAAAACAGGUUACGUAAAUCAUCAAUAGAACAUAAACAACACCAUGAGUAAGGUUAUGAUCAAUACAUUAGGUCUCAGUACCGUUGGUAUAGCUUCUUAUUUCUGGGGGAGAUCUUCAAGUAGUCCAAGUUCAACUGUCGUAAUUGAACCUCCAUCACCACCUACUAGUAAUGUACCUGCUGGAAAAGGUAAUGGUAAUAAUCAAAUCAUAAAUCAAUUUGAUGUUACUAAAGUCAGACCACAAGAGUUUUUUAAAUAUGGGUUUCCUGGUCCUAUUCAUGAUUUAGAAACGCGUCAAGAGUUUGUUAGUUGUUAUGAUCGUGCUUCAAGAAAUCCAUAUUGGGUAGUGGAACAUUUAACAAAAGAAUCAGUUAAGAAAGCUAGUGGAGUUGAUAGAAAGAAUUCAGUAUUUAAAGAAGAUGAAGCUAUUCCAUUGAAAUUCAGGAAUCGAUUAAGAGAUUUUUUUAGAAGUGGAUAUGAUAGAGGACAUCAAGCUCCUGCUGCUAAUGCAAGAUUUAAUCAAGAUGCUAUGGAUGAAACAUUUUAUUUAACUAAUAUGUCACCUCAAGUUGGAGAAGGGUUCAAUAGAGAUUAUUGGGCUCAUUUUGAAGAUUUUGGAAGAAGAUUAACUGAGAAAUAUGAUGAUGUAAGGAUUAUGACAGGACCAUUAUAUUUACCAAAGAAAGGAGAUGAUGGGAAAUAUCGAAUUAGUUAUGAAGUUAUUGGUUCACCACCAAAUAUUGCGGUUCCAACUCAUUUUUUUAAAUUAAUUGUGGGAGAAAAUAAACAAGAUGAUGGGAAGAUAAGUGUUGGGGCAUUUGUAUUACCUAAUGAAAAGAUUUCAAAUGAUUUAUCCUUAACUAUAUUUCAAGUUCCAAUUGAAGCAUUGGAAAGAUCAAGUGGAUUAGAUUUAUUACAAAAAGUUCCAUAUUAUAAUAAGAAGGAUUUAUGUAAGGAAGUGAAAUGUGAGAUUAUAGUGAGAGAGUUUCCUAAACAAGUGAACUCAACAUUAGGAUUACCAGCCCCCAAGAAAUGAUUGAUAUGAUAUGAUAUGCUACAAAGUGCAUAUCUUAUUAGUAAUCGAUAGGUUGAAUGAAUGGAUAUAGAAGGAAUGGUAGGAGAAAGUUGGAUUAUGACGGAGAUAGACCAGGUUUAUUUUUUAAAAAAAGUAAGAAGGCUGUAACGUAAUAUAUCAUAUUAAAUAAUAAU